AUGGCCGAUCGUGCCAGUGAGGACGAAGGCCUAGAAAACCUACGUUACAUCAUCAAUCACCUGUUCCUCCCUCUCAAGCUUCCCCAGUGUAAUGACCAAAGCGCGUCUAAGGUCACUGCUUUAGCAUCUCAAGCCUACCAAUGCGCCAGAUCUUUUAGCUCGGUUGUCAAGCAAGAACACCAGCAAGCCUGGAAGGGUAUCACUAGCAUGUUACAUGACCUGCACCAGUCGUGCUCCAUGGACCAUCUCUCUGCAAAAAGUGUCCUUCAACAACUACAAAGCAUGCGCGUAGGAGAUUCGCGCAUGUAUCUCAUUCGCCGCCAGAACGCAGCAGUGCUUAUCCGGCGCGAACAGAGCGAGGUCGUCGUUGAAUCGUAUGAAACAUCUCCAUCCACCGAGCCGGUCUUAGACGCCGUAGGCAAACUAAUCUGUUCUUUUCCGGGGCCCGCGGUAACUGUACCUCACCCUGUUUGUGACGAUGGCAAGUUUCUGGCAGAGCUGGCCAACUUCUUGCAGGCAAUGGACAUGGACGAGUUCUUGGAUGCGAUUCCACAAAUCACAAAGGCCGGAUCUCUCGUCCCUGAGCGGAGGGAUACUACAAACCCUCGCUAUAUCACCGAACUCUUGACAGGUAUCUUACUUGGUGUGGGCAAGCCUGCCAACGUUCCCCGUAUCAGCAAACGCAUUGGAGACGACGUGUUGUGGCUACAUGCGGAUCUCCCCUGGAGGCGAGCGCCCCUUUGGCUCGCUAUUCGGGUGGCCAUCCAAUCCACUUUUGCUAGACUCCCAGACGGACAAGCCACAUACAAAUCGUUCGUUUUAUUCUUGCUAGCAUCGACCCUUGAGGGUGCUCUUCGCGACCACAAAUCUAGCUUCUCGGAUGACAAUUUGUUCUGCAUGUCUGCGAAGAUAAGUCGCCGACUCUGGAAGCUCGGCGCGCAAGCUCCUCCGGCCCUCGCAGAGCUAACGUGCAAAGUCGCCAAGGCUACCAGAGGCGUUCUAGAAGCCCGUCAUAGCAAACUUGUCCCGGUCCCCCUCCCCGCACUCAAGGUGACUGAUGAAGACCUCACCCGCGACAGCCAUCUGUCCCUUCCAAAUAGUCGGGCUUAUAUCGAUCUUGCUCUGUCGCAAUCUGAAGAAGUAAACGCACCCGCUCCAUUCAGUCCUGACCACUGCACACGAAGGCGCCGCUUCGCAAGUUUCGUUGCUUGGUUGCCUUCACAGCUCUACACGUUGAACGACGAGGACAAACCCAUUGUCCUAGUUGAUUUCGAGCAGUCUGUCCAUCACUUCGCCGACGUUGAGGCAUGGCGGGCUGGCAUAGAGAACGCAGAUACUGCAGCUAACCAGCUGACGAGCUGCAUGAAAUCAUACUUCAACACUGCUAAUGUUCGCUACAAGGGCGAUCCGGAGGCCAUGUCAGUUAUGUAUCUUACGCUACUUCUCCUCUGGGUUGCCCUGGACCGUAUCGUUCUGAAGCAGAUUCCACUCUUGGGCGACUUUCGCCCAGAACUAGAGACUAAGACAUUUGAGCCCCUUCUCCUACGCACUGAGCGCGCGCGCAACUUACUCAAGGUUGCUCUAGCUCACAUUACCAAUCGCCAUUCCGAAGCAACUAGCGACUCCGUGCUCCAAGGAGAUUUGGGCGCGGAAUCGUUCCCAGUUCGCUACUUUGACAACUCGACGGCAUUGCAAGAUCUCAAACAGCGGAUUCGGAACGACGCCAAGGCUGAGAAGCAGAAGACACUGAUAGAACUGCAGCAGAAGACAGAGGAGUAUCGCAAUCUUCAGCGUCGAGCUCUCCGGUCGAGUCAUGACGAUCACGAGUACUUUCGAAACCGUCGCCUGCCCUGCUCGAAGUGCAACUUAGAGGAGCAGAUGCAGCGCAUGUCCAUCAGCAUAUAUGAGUGGCCACUGCCAUCGGACGACGAUCAGGCCAAGAGUGCCGUUUUCGAGAUCGCUUGUCCUCUUCCCUUCGCUGCAUGGCGCGACGCGACUUAUUUCCUGAUGUCCGACGUGCUCUCGCCUUCAGGGGUAUCUAUUAAGGGUGGAAGGUGGCACGGGGUUCUUGAUCCAGCCCACGAUUCUUCUUAUGAACCGCUCUGCAAGUAUGCAACCAACCCCUUGUCUGUUAGGCGCGUCACCAUGGGCUCGACAAUCAAGUCCUUUCUGCAGACCCACUACCAACACGGAUCUCUCCUGCUCAGUACCUCUCCUACGGCCGACAACGUCAUUGUGAAUAAUGGCCUACGGUUCCAUCUCUUUGAGACCCAUGGAGGUGAACAGACGUCGCAUUGUUUCGAUCACCCCGACAUCACCAACAGCUGCACCUAUACUGUUCCCCAAGGCUUCUAUUCAAAUCUGGCGUAUUCUCUCAAGGGCACUACCCAUUCUCCCAACGCUGUGAUUGCACGACAAUCCGAGUGUGACAAGGGACUGUCCAUUCACGAGUAUUGGGCAUACGGGAGUCUUCGGAGUGGGGCGCAGACUCAGUGGAUGAACAUCCUCCGGGCCCUCCGAGGACGGUCGCUCAACUUCCGCCAGGAAGAAGUAUAUCUUUUAGGUGUGCAAGCUGCACUUCAAGUCGGACCCCAUCUCCGGGACGAUGAUCAGACGUCUUACCCUUGGCAUAUCAUUUUGCAAGACGAGACGUUCUGUUUAUCGCUGAUUGGAGAGGCCAACUCCCUACUCGAGGAGAUACAGGAUAACUGGCUCGAGGUGUUCACCACAGGCCUUCUCGUGGAUGUACUCCUGAGAAUGAUUUCCUCGUCGAAGACCCAGUCCGUUUUACACGCGGCCUACGCAACUCUUCGGUGUGCUCGAGGCAUUGUAUUCACAUGGCUUGAGGAGCUUUGCCAGGCCCCAGAUCGCUUAGACAGCUUGGAGACGCAGUCACGCAUUCGCGAUAUCGCCGCCGUCUGUCUGACAACCUUUGACGCGGAGACUCGUCACAUUGCGUCUCUCCUAUCUCCAUCCCACCCCGAGGACUUGAAAAUCUACGUUCAGUCUUUUAUUGUCCUCCAUGACUACACGCCCGGGAAACUGGCCAACCUUCCAGGACAUUCUAAGCGACUGCUCGCCCGCGUCAGGCGCUCUGCGAUACUCUUGGAAUCCUACAUCUUCGAAAGAGUUAAUGCCAAUCGAGCAGGUUUAGACCAGGCUAUCCGGGCCGUUUGGAGAGGUUACCGUGCCAAUGUCGAGCAGCCGUGGGCGCGUUUACCCACCGCGAACUCACGUUGGAUUACGUGUACGACAGCACCCACAGCACAACAAGCGUCUCAGACCAUCCAUUAUAACCUUCUGAGCGGAUCAUUGCUUGUUGAUGGCCAGUCUCUUGGAAGGCUGCCUGCAUCCAUCACCGGGCAUGAUAUGUAUUCACAGCUGUUUGCUGAGCAAAUUUUGGAGGUUGUCCCCAGCGACCUUCCCGGCAUGAAGUAUGCGACUCGGGAGAUCGUGGAGGGUUAUCAGGUCUUCUUUGGUCUUCUUGGUGGCGAAGCUAGUAGCGAACCCUUGAUCAAGGCCAAGCAUGUUGACAAUGAUGCCAUACUUCAACUCAUUCCGUCUCCAAAGUUUCAAGGAGAUCUUCCAUUGCCCCUCGUCCAGAACCAUGUUCAUUGGCUAAAUCUCACCACACGCACGAUAGAAUUACGGCCCAGCUCUCGCAAGUGGGCUGGUCUUUAUGCCUCGGACUGGCGCAUAGAUUACGGCCCACAUUCAGCCCCCAUGAUGCGGCAAGCUGCGUCCGGCUCCCAUUUUUAUCUUGUUGAUCCGCUCAGCCCUACGUGCCGUGCGUUAUCCACGUACCUCCGCCCCAUCGAAUUACCGUCAUAUCAGAUCGUGUCGUGUACAAUGGGCUCAUCACCAACGUUGGAUGCCGAGUUAGCUAGGUCUGGCUUCCUGUUCUCACUCAACGCGCAGCAAGAGCUCCAAUCUCGAGAGUUGAGCGACUUCGUCAUUGAUACCAACCAAUCUACCGGGACAAUGAUCGGCCUUCAGAACCAGCUGGUCCUCGCGCCAAGAGGCAAGGCCCGCUCUGGAGGAGAAAUGCGUCGUGUUAUCAUUCCGAGGGGUACCAUAUCCUACGAAAUGUCAUCAGGCCAUACCGAAGUCACCAUCGGAAAUCCAGAAGACGUUGAGAGAGUCUCUUACGAUAUUUACAAAGUUGAAACGGACCUUGGUCGCCUCAAGUUCUCUGGUUCCGCAAGCCUGACAUCGUGCCUCUCCAAGGUGUACCUUCACGCAUUAACCGCCCUCUCCCUACCUGAUCAGCUGACUCAGCGCACGGGGACCGAGGAAGCAUUGCGAGAACUACGUUCCGCAUCAUGCCUCUCUUUCAGUGCUCUGGGUGCAGAGGAUGACAAGUUACUCCAGCAGAUUGCUGAGCUCACACCACGUCGGUGCUAUUACCCGACAAACAUGAAGCGAAUGCAAUCUGUUUAUUGGCGUCAUCUGUCCCCACUUUCCCAACAUGAAGGCUUCUUACAGGCAGUCAGCGCCAUCCGAGCGCAUGCAAGCCGUAUGGAAUCUCUCAGUGACUCCCCGCGUCCUCGCGACGCCAAAGAUACAGGGAGUGGUGAUGGACAUCUGCUUCGGCGAGCUAGCUUCCGCAGAAUGGCUUUCCAGCGGGACGGAUUUGCGAGCAUAAACCUUGAUAAGGGCAGUGCAGACGUUCUGUAUCUUUCUAUUGACCGCGUUCUCCGCGAUGAGACAAUCCAAAAGAUCUCCUCGACUUCUACCAUGGUGUCUGGCUGGUCCUUCAACGUGUCAGCACCACUACCAACAGAUUUACUUGAGUCGCUCAAACGCAUAUCGUCCGGAACGUCACUAGCGCCUCAGAAUCCGAGCCUCAAAUGCUUGAGCUAUAGUCGUACUUGGCUCGCUCCCCCGCACGAGACCUGGAUCACAGCCUUCGAGCUCUGCCGCAAAGGGCCCAACAAAUUCCAACUUUUGUUCACCUUGCCAUCGAUGGCAUACUGCCACCAUUACGAAAAUCGUCAAGAACUCUUAUCGGCACUGUAUUGCACGGCCAUGCUUGCUAGAAAUUUCCCAGUAUCUUCUAUCCCCACGCAAUCGUCACACACUCUCGAUGACGGAACUCAACUAGACCGGAAUCGCUUACAGAUGUUGAUCUCUCGUCACUAUCGCCCGAUUUUCAGUACCCCAGAGGCAUCUUGGGUACGGGACGGUACCGAGACCUACAAAGCUCUCAAACGCCGGAAGGAACGAUCCUACGCAGACAAAACGUCAAGGUUGAACACUGCUUUGCUCAAUGCGUUUGCCUCUCAGUGGAAUAGGAGUGAAUCACCGGGUCAGCCCGAGGGGAGCUUUUCUACCUAUAUUCUGAUGGACUCCCUGUUACCAGAGGUCCGAAAAUUGUUCAACAGCUGGCAGCGCAACCGCAGGCUCCGCGAGCACGCCAAUAACGUUCAAAACAAAUUGAGCCAAAUUCAGUGGGACGUACUCAUGAACGAACCGUGCUCCUUCACGACAGCGCCCAGAGUGAGAAACCCUGACGCGGCGAAUGGCAUAUCUUACGACGCUCUAUUUUCACGACGGGCUUGCCAACUCUCAUUACCGGCCGUUGCUCUUCCCCUUCGUUUCUCCGACGAACACCAGGUCACUAAGGCAGCAAGAGAUUCUAGUUUGAGGUUGCUUCUGACCAGGCUCCGACGUCUCUAUCGGGGUGCACCUUAUGAAACGUACGUCGAAGGCCUCGAAACUAGCAGAGUCGCUCUUGAGAAGCACGUCACGAGUCACUGGGACCCGGAUGAAGUAGAACUCAAACUCCUGGCUCAAGAGGACCUACAGCUAUGCCAGAAACAUUUCACUUCUUCAUAUCGCGCGCUCAUUCGGGCUUCAUCGCCAGCUACAUCAUCCGAGAAGGCGCUUUUCUACUCAGGCUUAUGGCCCAGCCUAUCUGUCACUUCGCUUCUUGGAAAUCUAGCCAUGGAGAAGUUUUCUUUACUUGGUGAUGAAUGGGCCGCAUCGCUGGAAAACUUUGCCAGGAUAACUAUAGCAUUCCAAACAAGUCGGCGUCGAGCUUUCAUGAUCGAGCACUGUCAGUACCAGGAUCUGAUUCGCGACUUGGACCAUACGAAACAAGGGAGUUACUUGAAGACAUGCCCUGAUUGGCUUCUCGUUCAGAUUGACGCAGAUUUCACGCUCAGGGAUGUUCAAUACCAGGUUGCGGACCAAAUGAUAUCGGAAGGUUCCGACCAGAGCAUCGCCCUCCAGCUCAACAUGGGCGAAGGGAAGUCGUCCGUCAUUGCCCCCCUCGUGGCUGCUUGGGUCGCGAACGGCAGCAAGCUGGCGCGGAUGAUUGUUCUCAAGCCUUUGGCUCCCCAAAUGGCUCAGACCAUGCAUGAUCGCCUCACGGGGCUCGCCAAUCGGCGACUUUAUCAUCUGCCCUUUUCUCGCGCUACCAAACUUGACACAGCUAUCUUGAAGGACAUCGAAGAUAUCUUACAUGAGUGCAUGGCAAAGGGUGGCGUUCUCAUCAUCCAACCCGAGCAGAUCCUAUCACUCAAGCUCCGCACUAUCGAGUGCCAGAUGUCUACAGAUUUGUCCUUAUGCGAAUCAAUGACUCGGAUCCAAACCUUCCUCUUCCAACAUGCCAGGGACAUGCUCGAUGAGAGCGACGAAAUUCUCCACGUGAGAUAUCAGCUCGUCUAUACAGCCGGAGACCAUCAACGGCUGCAAGGUCACCCGCAUCGAUGGACAACUACUCAAGAAGUUCUUCGGCUCACUCGCGAUCACCUGCGGCAGCUAUCGACCGAGCUCCCAUCCGCAUUCUCUGCUCAAGGCCUUGCCGGAGCCAAUGAACAUGAACAGGCUGCAUUCCCUCGACUACGAUUGCUCGAUAGCCCGCCGGAGGCUGCUGAAGAGCUACUGAGACGCAUUCUCGACGAUAUCAUGUGCGGUCGGUUGUCGACUUGUAACAUGGUCCACUUCCAUGAGACGGAAAGAAGCGUCUUGUUACGCUUCAUCUCCAAACCAAAGGUUUCCGAAAGGGAUGAGGAGUUUUUGCAAGAUAUGAGAGAGCGAGGAGCAGCCGACGACAUCUUCUGGAACUCGAUCCUGCUUCUCAGAGGACUCAUAGGUUUCGGGAUUCUUACAUUUGCACUGAAAGACAAGCGGUACCGAGUAGACUACGGCCUUGACUUACGGAGGUCUAUGCUGGCCGUUCCGUAUCGAGCGAAGGAUUCUCCUUCUCCCAAUGCCGAAUUUGGCCACCCCGACGUCGCCGUUCUUCUGACGUGCCUCAGUUACUACUUCACGGGCCUCUCAGAAACGCAACUUGAGGCCUGCGUACGUUUCCUUGGCAGCCUCGACAACCCCCAGUCCGUGUAUCAAGAUUGGACCUCCCUCAUUGAGCUUUCUGAACUUCCCCAAUCUCUUCGUUCAUUCAAGGGGCUAAAUUUCGAAUCCGCGGAGCAGCGAAAAGUUAUUUGCCGUGUCUUCGGUCACAACCAGGCCACUAUCGACUUCUAUCUGCGCACAGUCGUCUUCCCCCAGGAAGCAAAGGAGUUUGAGAGCCGACUGGCCUGCUCAGCCUGGGACAUAGUAGAGCGCAAAGUUAACAUUACCACCGGCUUCAGUGGGACCAAUGACUUCCGGCACCUCCUACCAACGUAUAUUGCACAAGAGGACCCUGACCACCAGCUCUCGACCAACGCUCGUGUCCUCAGCAAUAUGCUGCGCGAAGAAAAUGACCACUAUGAGACAUUCCCUUUCCCCAACGGUCUUCAGUUUGUAGAGAAGCUAUCCAAACAGACGCCUAGGAUUCGCAUGCUGCUUGACGUUGGCGCGCAGAUGCUGGACGUUCAAAAUCGGGACUUAGUUGAGCAUUGGCUUCGACAGGAGCGGGAGGAAGAUACCAUUGCAGCCGUCUAUGUCAAUGACAAGGAUGAACUCACUGUGUUAUAUCGAGACGGGCAUGUUGAGCCGCUUUCGAGGUCUCACGUCAACCAGCAUCUUGGGAAAUGUAUCAUCUACCUUGAUGACGCGCAUACGCGAGGAAUUGAUGUCAAGCUGCCGGCCGGUUUCAGAGCUGCCGUCACCCUAGGCCCACGGGUUACUAAGGAUCGACUGGCCCAAGGUUGCAUGCGCAUGCGUCGUUUGGGUGCUGGGCAUACCAUCUGCUUUUUCGCCCCUCCAGAAAUUGAAAGAGGAAUCCGACGCGUAAUGAAGCGGGGAUCUAAUCAAAUCUCAGCUAAGGACGUGUUACUCUGGGCCAUCGCGGAAACGUGCCAAGAGCUCAAGACAAGGGCGCUUCAAUGGGCUCAUCAGGGUGUUGAUCACCAUACCCGCUAUGAUGCGUGGGCUCGCUUCCUUGACACGGAGGAUCUCGAUCCGCCAUCGCUUGAUCAUCUUCGAGCGGCGUGGCUUCAGCGAGAGGCACGUACACUGGAGGAGAUGUAUGGGAUUCACGCAAAUGCGCCGACAGAUCCCCUCAAUGAAGCCGCAAACAUACCCGAGAUAUACCAUCGUUGCCUACAGCUAGGGUUGACGCCCUCUGCGGAACACGAAGUUAGACUGGACGAAGAACAAGAGAGAGAAGUCGCACAUGAGAUUGAGCGCGAAGAACAGGUCGAGCGCCCUCCUCCCAAGUCAGCCGCAGAACAUCGACUGCACUCUGAUGUAGUGUCUUUUAUUAAGACGGGUCGUCUGCGGUCGGGAUCAUCCGCGUUCGUCAAGGCUUUCUCAUUAUUCUCCGGCACUCCCGCUGAGUUUCCUGAUGGAUGGACGGGGAAGCUUUGGGCUACAAGAGACUUUGGGAUCACUGUCGUCUCAGAUGUUGCAGAGAAAGAUUUCUUCCGUCCCAUUCACUGGGUCCUCUCCAAUCUCAGCUCAGCAGCCAGUGAGGGAGGUACGAUUUUUGUCAUCCCUAGCUCUUUUGAAGUGAACGCGCUCCUGCCACGCAUCAUGAAGUCAAACAAGGUCCACCUACACGUCUUCACACCGCGACUUACGCAAGAGAUACAGCCCUGUGACGACCUCAGCCUUUUCAGCAUCCCGCACCUCCCACCAUCUAUCAUCGUUCCUCUCGCCCUCCGUCUUCAGCUCAUACUUAUUUCUGGUCAACUUUACCUCAAAAGCCACGAAGAAUAUAUAGAUCUAUGCAGGUUCCUUGGCGUGGUUGCAGAAGAUAUCGCGGAUCAACAAAUCAGAGCCUCCCCAGAUGGUUUCGUCCAACCUUCCCAACGUCCUGAAGGGGUUCGUGAUGAAACUCCAUUCGCCCACACACCAAUUGCAGCUCUCGCUGAGCUGAUGAACAUUCGCCGGAAAGGGAUGACUUUCGAUCAAACUCAUAUUGGAAAGAUUGUCAAUGCUAGACCGCUUUCUCGACAAGAUUUCCGUUAG